AUGACACUGUUCGGGACACAGAAAUACACGGACACGUCACCAUCACACAGUUCGGAACACAGAAAUACACGGACACGUCACCAUUACACUGUUCGGAACACAGAAAUACACGGACACGUCACCAUUACACGGUUCGGAACACAGAAAUACACAGCCACGUCAACAUUACAUGGUUCGGAACACAGAAAUACAUGGACACGUCACCAAUACACUGUUCGGAACACAGAAAUACACAGACACGUCACCAUUACACUGUUCGGAACACAGAAAUACACGGACACGUCACCAUUACUGUGUUCGGACCACAGAAAUGCAGACACGUCACCAUUACACUGUUCAGAACACAGAAAUACACGGACACGUCACCAUUACACGGUUCGGAACACAGAAAUACACAGACACGUCAACAUUACACGGUUCGGAACACAGAAAUACAUGGACACGUCACCAUUACACUGUUCGGAACACAGAAAUACACAGACACGUCACCAUUACACGGUUCGGAACACAGAAAUACACGGACACGUCACCAUUACACUGUUCGGAACACAGACACGUCACCAUUACACGGUUCGGAACACAGAAAUACACAGACACGUCACCAUUACACGGUUCGGAACACAGAAAUACACAGACACGUCACCAUUACACGGUUCGGAACACAGAAAUACACAUACACGUCACCAUUACACGGUUCGGAACACAGAAAUACACGGACACGUCACCAUUACACGGUUCGGAACACAGAAAUAUACAGACACGUCAACAUUACACGGUUCGGAACACAGAAAUACAUGGACACGUCACCAUAACACUGUUCGGAACACAGAAAUACACAGACACGUCACCAUUACACGGUUCGGAACACAGAAAUACACGGACACGUUACCAUCACACGGUUUGGGACACAGAAAUACACAGACACGUCACCAUUACACGGUUCGGAACACAGAAAUACACGGACACGUCACCAUUAUACUGUUCGGAACAAAGAAAUACACAGACACGUCACCAUUACAAGGUUCGGAACACAGAAAUACACAGCCACGUCACCAUUACACUGUUCGGAACACAGAAAUACACGGACACGUCACCAUCACACUGUUCGGAACACAGAAAUACACGGACACGUCACCAUUACACGGUUCGGAACACGUUAGCUAA